AUGCCCCUCUACGAACUUUCACCGAACAUUCAAGAAUCUGAGGCUACUGGCCGUAAGAGAAGUCACGAUGAGUUCAUGGGAAAUAAUGAUGGAAUAGAUACUGCAGAAGACAUCAAGUUGCCGCCUCUGGCUUCCGAUCAACCAAGUGGAGAAUUUGCAUUGUCUUCCGCUUUAUCUGGGGAAAGAGCCCCAUCGCCAGCUUCAUCAGAACUGAGUGAUCCUGGUACAAGCACUCCUCCCCGCCUGUCUCCGUCUCCUCAAACACCAGUCAAGACACAAAUCACACAGAAGACCAUCAAUUCGGCAUCGAAACCUGCUACCACUCUGGUAAAGAGAAAGAAAUUGACACCUGCUGAAAGGGCCGAGAAGGAAAAGGAAAGUGCCAGGCAGAAGGCAGAAAAGGAGAAGGAGAAUGCUCGACUCAAAGAAGAACGUGAACAGAAAGCAGCUAUCCGAGCAGUUGAGAAAGCUAAUGCUGAAGCUGAGAAGGCAGCCAAAGCUAAAGAGCGUGAAGAGAAACGACGUCAAAGGGAAGAGGAAAAGAAACGCAAGGACGACGAGAAGAAGCGAAAGGAAGAGGAAGAGGAAAAGAAGGCUCGGCAGCAACGAACACUCGGCUCCUUUUUCAAGGUCCCGAGCACUCCCAAGAAAACUGGCGACAUGACUCAACCUAAAAAUGCCACGCCAGGAGACCUCAGCCCAGCAAAACCUGCGAACAACCUACCAAAGACCGAAUACGAGAAAAUAUUUAAGCCUUUUUUCAUUAAGGAUAACACACGAAUUGCCCAUAUUGGGCCUGAGAUGGACACCGAAACACGCGAGGUUAAAUCUAAGAUUCUAGAUGAAUGUAUUGGCGGCCAACGAGCUGGAGAGUUGGACCCUUCUCGGUUCGACCCAGCUCGACUCUUUUGUUUGCCAAGCAAGCCUCAAAAGCGAGGCGUACUCCAUCAUCCAGUUAAGCACAUCAUGGAGCAAGUCUUCAGAGAGACAGAAAAGGCAGAAAACGCGGGCCCUGAGCAUGUUGACAAGAUCAUGCGAGACACCCGCCAGAAGCUUUCCAAAGUGCCCAUGAAGGUGAUUUCGUUUUCACAAGACGUGCGCCCCCCUUACUAUGGAACUGUGACCUUCAAGCCAUUCGUGCUUGGAAGGCUCAACAUGAGCCAGCUAGCCCGAACGCCAACAGCAAGACGACUACCCCUUGACUACGACUAUGAUUCGGAAGCCGAGUGGCAGGAGGAAGAAGAAGGGGAGGAUCUCGAUGUUGACGAUGAUGAAGAGGAGAUGGACGACGAAGAUGACAUGGAUGAGUUUUUGGAUGAUUCGGAAGAUGCUGGUUUAUCUAGACGAAUCUUUGCAAAUACCAUUGAGCCAGACAGCACCGGGAUUUGUUUUGAGAAUGGAGGCACCGUGGCAAAUCAGGUUAUCUACGACCACAGGAUGGAGUUCAUGCACGAUGGACUUCAGCAAACCUGGGGCAUUGAUCCAUUCUCAACGGAAUAUUGGGAACCUGAAGUCAAGAACAAGACGCUCAAGCCUACGAAAACCACAGCGGCCUCUGAUGGUAGCAGCAAGAUGCCCCCUCCUCCUACGCCUGCCAACGCGUUUUCAGCUUUGACAGGCAGUAACGGCCACACCGGUGGUGAUCCACCAAAGCUCGUCAAGUCUGAGCUACUUGAUGACGUGAAGAGAGCUAUUUUGAGCAACAAAGCGUUAUCCAAGGUUGGAAUUAUCGACUUUCUCUACCAUCAAUUUCGGGACGACGUGUCUCGCACUGAGGUGAAGAAUACCGUAGAGUUGGUGGCAGAGAAGAUCGGUAAAGGGCGCUCUAAGGAGUGGGCGCUGAAGAGUGGACAUGAGAUUGCCUCAUGAAUAUUGACUGGGAGAAUCGAAACGACAUGAUAAUUUUUUGUGCUGAAUAUUAGCGUCGGAGUGACAGGUCUGCUUGGGAUUGCUUCAUGGAAUUGAUUG